CACCACAGCCCACUGCCCUUGCGGAACUCUUAGGAACCACGUAGCUCCAGAAGAUAAAUUCUCUUCCGCUGAGUUCGCCGAGAGAGAUCGACUAUUCUGGCCUCGGCCAGCUGGCUUUCACAGCGAGUCCCUCUUUUCCAGCGAGUCGCCUUUCCCAGCGAGUCGCCUUUCCCAGCGAGUCGCCUUUCCCAGCGAGUCGCCUUUCCCUACGAGUCGCCUUUCCCUGCGAUUCGCCUUUCCAGACCUCAAGCCAGUCCGCCAGCCUGCCAGCCUGAUUUUAACUUACCUGUGAGUGCCGUGCCGUCGCCGCAGGCGGGCGGGCAUGGGCGGGUGCUUCUCCAGCGAGCUAGCGGCGCCGCUGCACCCGGAGAGGGAUAGCGGGGGGUCGUCGAGGGGAACGAAGGCGAGCACACGUGGCACCGGCCAGUCGCGAGCGGCGGCGAGGCGAGGCUCCGCGUUCAGCAGAUCGUCGACGCGCAAGAGUGCUCCCCGCGUGCCGGAGAAUCUCCUGGGGCAGCCGUUCCGGGCAGUGGAGGAUGACUAUGAGAUAGGCAAGGAGCUGGGCCGGGGCCUGUAUGGGAUCACCUACAUGGCCCGGCACCGGCAGUCAGAGGAGCUGUAUGCGUGCAAGACAAUCACCAAGCGCCACCUCUCCCCCACCUCGUGCGUCAACGUGGCGCGUGAGGCGACCAUCCUCGCCCGCCUCUCCACCGGCCACGCGGGCAUUGCUUCACUCAUUGACCAAUACGAGGACGCCACGUGUGUGCACUUCAUUCUGCAGAUCUGCACAGGCGGCAUGCUAUACGAUGGGGUGAAGGCAGAGGGCAGCUACAGUGAGCGCCGGGCGGCCGGCAUGGUGCGGCAGAUAGUGCAGGCGGUGCAGUACAUGCACGGGCACGGCGUGGUGCACCGUGACCUCAAGCUCGAGAAUUUUCUUCUGCUGCACGGCGGGGAGGACGCGCCGCUCAUGGCCAUAGACUUCGGGCUUUCAACAUUCUUUGAACCGGGCCAGCGCUUCACGGAGCUGGUGGGCAGUGCGUACUACGUGGCACCGGAGGUGCUGAGGAAGGAUUAUGGCAGCGAGUGCGACGUGUGGAGCAUCGGAGUCAUCACCUACAUGCUGCUGUGCGGCACACCGCCCUUCUGGGAUGUAUCGGAGGAGGGCAUCUGCGAGGCGGUGCUGCGGGGGCAGUACGAGAUGAGCUGUGACCCGUGGCCGUCCAUAUCCCCACAGGCCAAGCACCUCGUGGGGCGCAUGCUAGAGAGCGACCCUAGUAAAAGAAUAACCACGCAGGAAAUACUUGACCACGAGUGGGUGCGGGAGGGAGGGGCGCCCUCGUGCCCGCUGUCCCCCCCGGUGAUGAAGCGGGUGCGGCAGUUCUGCCAGAUGAACCACCUCAAGCGACGAGCACUCGCGGUGGUGGCAGGGUGCUGUCUGGACGAGAGGGAGAUGGCGGUGAUUCGCACGCGCUUCGACCACCUAGACCUCGAUAAAGACGGCCGCAUCUCAGUGGGGGAUCUGAUCGCCGGCUUCCAGCAGCUGCACAUCCCGCUGGCAGAGGAGGAAGCCAGGGAGAUAAUAGAAGCGGCGGACAGCAAGGGGUCGGGCACGUUGGACCUGUCAGAGUAUGCGUCGGCCAUCAUGGUGAAGCGCUUGGAUGCCGCACGCAUAGAGAGGGCCUUCCGGCACUUCGACAGGGAGGGCCGCGGCUACAUCACAGUAGAUGAUUUAAAGGCAACGCUGGCAGCAGGCGACAGUAAGGAGACGGCGGAACGCCUCUGGAAGGAGAUUGGCAGCAAGCAUAGCGGGCACAUAGACCGGGAGGAGUUCAGUCGCAUGAUGCGGGAAGGCGUGGAUGGAGAGGGCAGUGCUUGGAGAGGUGGGGCACUGCUGAGCGAUCUUUCGGAGAACAAAUUAGGGGAGCUUUACCAUUGUGGAAGGUGUCAAGCAUGAGAUUUCGCAUGGAGUUUCCGAGGCUGAGAUUCUGCCACUGGGAGAAUCUGUUCCUAGCCAGCAACUCCAGUGCUGGGCAAGUGCUUGCAGCAACCCUUGUAUCUUAUUUUUUUAUCAGC